GCGUCAGUGGAAUAAUGGAGGACCGUCUUCUCCACCCGGACUGAUGAUGUCUGUAUUUCUACUCUACUACCUGUGAUCUAAGAAGAAAACAACUCGUCUGCAUUUCAGCGUGUAGUUGAGGUCAAUAACAACCCCAAGAUGACUACAGACACACCAGCCCAAAGCGUGGGCUCCAGGAUAAUGACAUUCACCCCCUCCAAAGAGGAGUUCAAGGACUUCAGCCGGUACAUUGCCUAUAUGGAGUCACAAGGAGCACAUAAAGCUGGAAUGGCAAAAGUUAUUCCACCUAAAGGCUGGAAACCUAGACGGACGUACGACGACAUCGAUGACCUGGUGAUUCCUGCUCCCAUCCAGCAGGUGGUGACCGGACAGUCGGGGUUGUUUACACAGUACAACAUCCAGAAGAAGCCAAUGACUGUCCACGAGUUCCGCAAAACCUCCAUCAUGGACAAGUUCUGCAAUCCCCGAUAUGUGGAUUUUGAUGAGCUGGAAAGGAAGUUUUGGAAGAACCUGACGUUCAACCCACCUCUGUAUGGGGCUGAUGUUAGCGGAACACUGUAUGAUCCAGAUGUAACCGAUUGGAACAUCGGCUGCCUUAACACCAUUCUGGACACUUUGGAUAACGAGAGCGGGAUCAAGAUCAAAGGAGUCAACACACCAUACCUCUACUUCGGGAUGUGGAAGAGCGCCUUCGCCUGGCACACAGAAGACAUGGAUCUCUAUAGCAUCAACUACCUGCACUUUGGAGAGCCAAAGUCCUGGUACGUUGUUCCACCAGAGCAUGGGAAGAGACUGGAACGACUUGCCAAGGGGUUCUUUCCAGGAAAUGCUCAGGGAUGUGAAGCCUUCCUGCGCCACAAGAUGACUUUAAUUUCGCCCUCAAUCCUGAAAAAAUAUGGCAUACCAUUUGAGAAGGUCACUCAAGAGGCUGGCCAGUUCAUUGUGACGUUCCCAUUCGGUUAUCAUGCUGGUUUCAACCACGGCUUCAACUGUGCUGAGUCGACCAACUUUGCCACCCAGCGAUGGAUUGAAUACGGCAAACAGGCAACACUGUGUUCGUGCCGUCAGGACAUGGUGAAGAUCUCCAUGGAUGUGUUCGUACGCAAAUUUCAGCCCGACCGUUACAAGCUGUGGAAGGCAGGCAAAGACAACACUCCCAUCGACCACUCCAAACCCACACCAGAGGCAGCCGAGUUUCUGAAAGAUGACAAGAGCAAGCCUUCAGAUAAGACUCCCGGCGAGGUUCAACCUGUGGAGCCCACGUCCCCUCCUGUCCAGGAGGACAAAAGACCAAAACCUCAGACUGGGACAAAACGUCAGCUUAAAACUGUGGAAGCCUCUGAAGACAUCAAACCUGAGCUGAGCGUGAAGGAGACUGAGGAGGUGGAGCCUAAGAAGGCCAAGCUGUCACGGAAAGAGUCUCCAACUAAAGUCCCUCUCAAACCGGAUAAAGACAUCAAACCUGAGCUGAGCGUGAAGGAGACUGAGGAGGCGGAGCCAAAGAAGGCCAAGCUGUCACGGAAAGAGUCUCCAACUAAAGUCCCUCUUACACCGGAUAAAGACAUCAAACCUGAGCUGAGCGUGAAGGAGACUGAGGAGGCGGAGCCAAAGAAGGCCAAGCUGUCACGGAAAGAGUCUCCAACUAAAGUCCCUCUUACACCGGAUAAAGACAUCAAACCUGAGCUGAGCGUGAAGGAGACUGAGGAGGCGGAGCCAAAGAAGGCCAAGCUGUCACGGAAAGAGUCUCCAACUAAAGUCCCUCUUACACCGGAUAAAGAUCCAGUGAAAGUCAAGACGGAGCCUAAGAAGGAGAAGGACACCAAGCCUCAGACUAAAUCUCAGUCCAAAGCCAGCACUAAGAAAACUCCAAAUAAACAAAGCGCGUCAAAAAAGGAGAAGAACGGCGUGUCGGCUGCAGACGCCUGUCCUCCGGAGCCCGAUGAGAACCAGAUGGCGUCACCGUGCUCUGAGGAGGAGCCUCGGCGGGGCAGCGGCUGCAGCCCGGCACACAAACUGUUUCAGAGGACGCUGAGCCCCGCAGACGUCCUGCAUGUUCACAGCUAUGCUAAAGGAGACUACGGGGAGGGGGAAGCCCUGCCCAAGGAGGAGAAGAAGAACGAGGGCAGUGACAGUGAGACGGAGAAAGACAACAGACAUGUCAGGAAAACACAGAUGGCAGAAGUAAUGCCUGGAGAUGAGGAGCCAGAAAGCGAUUUAGGGCAGCUGCCAGGCCACCAUCCACUCAUUAAGGACGGCAUGAGUGAUGAAGAGGCUCCGGAGGAGGCCCCCCCAGUAGAGGAGGGCGGUCUGGAGGGAGAGAGCUGGGCUAAACCUCUGGCUCACCUGUGGCAGAACAGACCUCCCAACCUGAAGAAAGAGAGGGAGUACAACCAGCUCAUGGAGUCCAAACCUCCAUACUGCUCCAUCUGCACUCUGUUCUACACAUAUCAGCAGACGGAAUGUGCAAACAGUGCAGACAGUCCUGUUAAGGUGGCUGGUGGGUGGAUGAGGACCAAACCUCUGAUCCCAGAGAUGUGUUUCACCACCACCACAGAAGAAGAGUCUGAGUGUGAGGAGCAGCCCGCCACACCUCAUCUAGAGGAAGAUGGAACCAGCCUCCUCAUCAGCUGCUCCCAGUGCGGCAUCCGGGUCCACACCAGCUGUUACGGUGUGGAUCCAGCAAGUGUAAGCAAGGAGUGGAAAUGUGCACGCUGCAAGGCCAACGCCAUGACUGAGAAUUGCUGUUUGUGUUCACUAAGAGGCGGAGCCUUGCAGAAAGCCAACAACAACAAGUGGGUACAUGUGCUGUGUGCAGUAGCUGUGCUGGAGGCACGCUUCGUUAACAUCACUGAAAGAAGUCCUGUUGAUUUAAGUGGAAUACCUCUGCAGAGAUUUAAACUGAAAUGUUACUACUGUAAGAAGCGGAUGAAGAAGGCGUCUGGCUGCUGCGUGCAGUGUUCUCAUGGCCGCUGCUCCACUGCCUACCACCCUACCUGUGCUCAGGCUGCUGGAGUCCUCAUGCAGCCAGAUCAGUGGCCCUUCGUGGUCCAUGUUACCUGCUGUCGGCACAAAGGCCCCACUCAGAUUGAGCGCAAUAAAGCCGCCAUGCACGAGCUGACUGUGGGGCAGAAGGUGAUCUGCAAGCACAAGAACGGCCGCUACUACCAGUGUGACGUGGUGCAACUGUCAAAAGAGACUUUUUAUGAAGUCAACUUUGACGACGGUUCCUUCAGUGACAAUCUCUUUCCCGAAGAUAUCGUGAGCCGAGACUGUGCUCAGCUUGGACCUCCACCUCAGGGGGAAGUGGUUCAGGUGCGGUGGACAGACGGCCUGGUGUACGGGGCCAAAUUUGUUGCAGCACAUGCCAUCCACAUGUACCUGGUGGAAUUCGAGGAUGGGUCGCAGCUAACAGCCAAGAGAGACGACGUCUACGCUCUGGAUGAGGAACUCCCCAAGAGAGUCAAGUCCAGACUGUCUAAAGCUUCAGACAUGAGAUUCGAUGGCAUCUUUGAAGAGAAAGAGAUCAUCAAGGAGUCAAAGAGACAGAGAGUGAUCAACUCACGUUACAGGGGGGACUACAUCGAGCCUGUGAUUUACAGAGCCAUCAUGGAGUAGCCGUCACUUCCUGUCCCCCCCCACACACACACCAGCAGCACUGACAGACUGAACUGUGCUCACUGUACCUUAACUUAGCAGCUAGCCACUGAGAGAGUGUAGCUCCAGAUGACUUCCUUCUUCAGGACUCGUUUUGGACUGUUCUUUAUUUUUUAUUUCUCAUUCUUUGUUCACUCAAAAUGAAUUUUGUUUGCCUUGUUUGACUGCGUUCGAAAGACACAGCAGUAUUUUGUAUUUUUUUUCCUCAUAGGACUCCAUGGGAAGCACAGUAGGCUGUGGUCCAGUCCUUGCAGUACAUAUAAGCAGGAAGCAAUACAAAAAAAAUGGCAUUUGUUCAAUAAAGUAGCAUUUUGACUACUUUGUUUUGACUUUGAUUAAUCUACUACAGUAAUGUUAAAAUAAUCGCGCUUUACUUAACAGUUCAAUUAACUCUGACACAAACGUGUUUUUAAGUUUGAAGGAUAAUAUCAGUGUCGUUUUAUACAUGUCUCAGUCAAAACCAAACCAACAAAGCCCUAGCUAACACAAUGAAACAAGUCCUGUAUCUAACACAAAAGGUAGCAAUGACCUCAUCAGUCGUCAGUUCAGUCAAAUUGCACUGGUAUUAUUCUUUCAGUUAUAGGAAUACUUCACCCAAAAAAGUUUGUAUCCGUUAGUUUCUUACCUCUCAAAGCCUGGAAUGAUGCACAGAAUGUUUGUACAUGAAAAAGUGCCAGGUGUUUCUUGAAAACAAUGAAGUUACAGGUUGAUUAUUCUUGACAGCAAACACACAAGAAAAGCACUUCAAAGUACCAAAACUAGUGAUGUGCCAAGAGCGCCAUCUAGUGGGCUCAGAAAAUGACGAAAAUGCUUCAUGAGGCUUCAUUGGCACAUCACUAACUGAAACUACUUAAAGUUUUUUACACUAUUGCAGGUGCACAACUCUGACCAAUCUAUACGAUUUUCGAUACUUGAAAUGAAAAGUGUGCAUGAUGGAAAAAAAAGUUUUGCCUCAAAUUGGCAUUUUUACUCACUUUUUUUACUUUGAUACAAUACAAGUAUAAAAAUACUUGUCUCGAGUCCUAGGCACGCAAAAAAACAAC